AUGGAUGAAGAGCAGGCAAUGAAGAUGGUAGCGCAAGCAGCGCUGGUUUCCCAGAAAGUUCGGGAAGCUCUUCAGGCUUCACUGCCCGUUGCUACUGAGCAAUUAAUGACAGUCCAGAUUCCUGGCACCAUCAUCGAUACAACUGACCCCGGCCCCUACGUAUGGGACUCUAGGCAGGAGUCUGACACGCCCCAUCGCAUCAAAGUCAACGAGUCUCGGCUUGUGGAUAACAUGAUCCCAUUGAGCAAAGUUAUGAUGGGCGUUACUGGCAAAAGUGUAGCUAGAAGCUACGCCGCUGCUCUCGACAUGCUGGUCCCCGAGGAUGCUCCCAUCGACACUGAUAAAUCGACAACUACUAAGACUGCCGCUGCUGAUCGCUACGUCACAGCGAUGAAGUACUUGACUCAAACAGCUCCAAACUCUAGUAAAUCAGUCAUUGAUGUCUAUGUCGAGAAGCAGCAAUCUUACUCUGAAGCAAUGAACAAAUGGGAAGCGGCCAAGGCCAAAGCCCGCGCUGACGCCAAAGAUCGAUUCCCGGGAAACGUCAGGGAACAGCAGCGAGCUUAUGAUGACUGGAACCAAGAAAGCUUCCGCAAUUUCAAGGAUAACGCCCAGGCUAAAUAUAUGGAUUGGAUCGUUAAUGGGAAUAAGUAUAAGGUAAUCCAGUCCACUUCCGAUUCUUCAAGGUUUAGAGGAAUCAAGGUUGAUUACUACUUUGGCAUUGUUGAUGUCUCAUCUGCAAUGAAGAGAGUGGAGGCGAGCAAAGAAGCAGCCCGUAACCUUGUCGUGAUUGAUCCUGAUGGCUCAACGGAAUGGCAAGAGGUUCAUCUUACUCCAGCUAACUGGGCAACACUGUGUAAGGAGAAGGUGGAUCAGUGGCAGGAGCAGAACAACCGACUGAGCCGCAAAGAUUUUGAGUCCGAGAUCAAGCGCCUGAACCGCUUGCUGCUUUCUUACACUGGCCUCAAGAAGUCUAUUGAGUCGGAGGCCCCGAAUGGGCCGGCUGCCACGGGAGGCAAGCCUGAAGGGAGCGGAACUGAUCAAGCCAUCACCAAUGGUAACGAAACAGAAAAUGAAAAAGCGGUCGCUAAGGGAGAUUCCGAAGCGACCAAGAAGCCAACACUUGCCGAGACAGAAACUGAAUUGACCAAGGCCUACAAGGAGCUUUACGAUGCACAGAACGCAAUUCCACCUAAUCCACUUGUCACACGAGACAAACAAGACAAACUUCAAACAGCCUUGGAGAACAACAGCAAGGCUAAUUUACAAAACAACAAAGACGUUGCGUUGGGUCUCUCCAACAAGAGCAAGACGGAGAAAGUCCAGUGGAUUGAUAGCAUGAUCACCGACGUCAAUAACCAGCUUAAGUUGCUCAAGGACGGGCUCGAGGCUUUUUACAAGGCUAGUGCCUCUGCGCCUGCUAUCACUGAGGUUGUGAAGAAGGACGUCAAAGAGCCAGGUCAAGCCGCGAAGGGAGAACUCGUGUCAACACAGUAUGCAGAAGCCGAUGACCAAUACGCGGAUCCUAAAUUCAAUAUUCCUCGUAACGGGGUCGCAGUUGCACAACCAAACAAAGUUGAGCCAAGCAAAUGGACAAAGAUCAGUCUGAGUGUAUCAGCGUCGUCGCAGUCAAGCUCCUCGGAGAGCUUCUCUUCUUCUACAUCAGCUAGUGCCAGUGCGUCUGGAUGGUGGUGGAAUGCUUCAGCUAGUUUCAACCACUCUGAGGCAUCCAUGAAGGCUUCAAACGCAACAUCCAACUGUGCUGUGGACAUCAAGUUCGAGGCACUACUCGUGACAAUCGACCGUGCCUGGCUGCAUGGCGAGUUGUUCUCAGACCCGGAGCUUAAUACAGGCGACGAUGUGAAGCUCUCGCCAGGCGCUCUGGAUCUACACAAGUUAAUCGACCAGAAGAACGAUAAGGCACUGGCAAACUACCCUUACUUCCCAUCUUAUCCUACAGCCUUCAUCGUUGCGUCAAAUGUCGAGCUUGAAUUCCGCGGCGAUACGACAUCCCUUGAAGAGGCUGUCGAAUCCUCCCAUACUGAUGCCCAGGUCAAGGUAGGCUAUGGGCCAUUUAGUCUCAGCGCCAGUCAUAGUCAGGACAAAUCGAGCGCUAAAACCAAGAUGGAGACUACAGCCACUGGCACUAGGAUUACUUUGGAAGCUCCCGCCAUUAUUGGCUGGGUUAGCCAGCUUGUGCCUCAGCUUCCGCGGCCCAAGGGAGGCAGCUCAUUAGUAGGCCCUAUGGUGUAG